GAACUCGCCGGCGUAUCCAGCUCAGCUUGUGUCUGCUCAGGGGAGAAAAAGCCAACAAUGAACUUAUUAAAGUUGAAAGCGAGCCUGAAGACGACUUCAACCCGGAUUUGUUCGCUCUACACAACAAAGAGCGAAAUGAGCUGGAGUGAGAAGUUCAUUCUACUUAUCUCAUGCCUCAUGACCAGUUUCAUUUUGGCUGUUUUUUGCCUCCUUGGUCUCCGCUUCCCUUUAAAUUUUGGCACUGAGGUCUCCAUUGCUACAACAGCAGCAUUUUGGCUUUGUGUUACACUAGCUAUGUGGUUUUCACCAAAUGUUCGCUGUUUUGGAAUUCUGUUCCUGAUGUCCAUCAGCUUGAAACAAGGCAAGAAACAGCUCCUUACAGCUGGAACAACAGUGGUGAUCUUCUUGAACAUCCGGAACACUCUGAUGAACAUGAAGGGACUUGGAAAGAGUUUAGUCUGCAAUUUGGAGGAAAAGCUUAUUUCCAUUGACCUAGCACCUCUCGGCAACUAUAUCCGCAUGAUAAAAUGGGUGGCUUCCGAGCUUAAAAAAAGCCUGAUCAAUUUUUUGGGCGGGAAUUAUCACACUGACUUCAAACUGAAGCCGGUUGUGCAUUCAGGAGAGUUAACGAAGAAAAUAUCUGAAGCCCAGAGGACCAUGAAUAACACUGCUGAGAGUGUGUUGGUUGUCAUUGACGGAAUUUCAUCCAUAGGAAAGCAAAUAUCUCCGGUUUUAGGAGUCGCGAUCCUCGUUAUUGCCACGGCCCUCUACCUGAGGAAGUUUCGUUUGAACAGAAAGCAGAAAAAUGUGUUCAUUACAAAAAAAUUCUUGAAGUAUGAUGAAAGCCAACGAUUACAGGGAAAGGCCUCAGUUCUCCCUCUGACUAAGAAGGAGGCGAAACGUUACAUUAUUGUUCCCUCUGCCCAUUUAACCAAAAAAGAUGUGAAAACCAUGCUUAAAUUCAGCAUGUCGAUUGUAACUCAUAGUAUGGCCUGGCUCUUCUUCAUUGGACUGGAUGCUCUUGUUUAUUGGAUUAUCUCUGUUUUGAGCAAACGAUUAGAAGAACUGAAGCCACUCCAUGUUCCUGUGUUACUGAAAGUGGAGGAAGGAAUCUUCUUUAUCGGCAUCAACGUUGAACGUGAUCGAAAAGUCUAUGACUUUUCCUACGAUGUGCCCGUUUUUGAAAAGAAGUGCUUGCCAGCUCCAGAACUAUGGCUCUACAAAUCAGUCCUCCCUCUGUCGGUCAUCUUCGGCUUGCUGGUUCUUCUGGUCGUGGUGUCUUCAAAGCUCAGUCAGUUGAGGCUCAUCGUGUCUGAGCAGUUCUACUCAGAAGAUGCAGAGAAGCGGAUUGCUGAGCUGCAUGCCAAGAUCCUGAAGCGAAGAUCGAAAUGGACAGCAAAGGAUGCCAAAAGAACCCUGAAAUCGUUUGCCACACAGCUCCACUUUUGGUUCCCCAUCAUUUUCCGUUAUCAAAACAACAACCUUGAGAAUGAAAUAUAAGGUUCGCUUUCAGUUUAUUUUUAAUAAACUUGCUAUUUUUAUUUUUUUUUAUUUUUAUAGAUAAAACCUAGCUUCACUGGUAUACAUUCUGUAUACAUCCGUUAUACAAUACUAAAAAAAAAUAGGUUAAAUCUGGAACUGUCUCUCUGGAAGAACCCUUAAGGGUUCUAUGUUGAACUGUACAACAAAUACAGCAACGAAGAACCCUUUACCUAUCCAACAAACACCUAAAGAACCCUUAAAAGACCCUCUUUUUUACAUUUUACUACAUAUUGUACUAUAGAUACUUGAGGUUUGUUUGGGUCAUUUGCAAUGUUGUAUGCUUUCGCAUAUUUAUAAGACGUUAAUAUUUUGGAUCCUUAAACACGGUCUUUUCCAUUUAUUAUUGUAUAUGUUGAUUAUGAGAUGUUUCAUGAAUAUAGUGUGUACGAGUCUUUAGUUUGAACCACUGUAUAAGCUACAAACCUCAGAAUACUGGUUAUUUGACUAUAGUUGAAAAAAAUGUAUUUAUAUAACAUACUCAUGCUGUUAAUACUCUAUUAUAUUUGGAUUAUAUAUGAUCUAAUGUACAUCUUAUUUAUAUUGAGGCAUCAAUAAAGAAAAGAAAAAUGUGUGUGCAGUUUACUGUAUAGCUGGAAAAUAGAGAUCCAGGUCAUGUAUUGAUAUAAAAUUUGUUUAUUACCAAAAUAUUUCAUUUCAUUACAGAGCUUGUAAAAUUGUAAUGUUUUUAAUGUUGCUGCAAAACAUCAAUAGACAAUAUCAAUGCUGUCCAGAUAAAGUAUGGAUGAAGAACCUGACGAUUUUAGAUGAUGUACAUGAUAAAAGAUUGGUAAAAGAUCCUCAAGCUGAAGAAAUUGGUAGUUUGGAAUGUGAGGUUAAAUCCCAAGACUGCUUGACAGCCAAUAUUUGAACCCUUGUGCAAGACUUCUAACUCCUAACAGCUCAUUUAUACGCUUGGAUUCGAUUUUUUGCUUGACUUACAAAAAAAAACA